UUUCCGGAGGAGACACAUAACCCCACUUUGCCCUCCGGUGUGCUUGCAAAUUGUUGGAUGUCAGAGGAAUUCUUGUGAUUUUUCCGCGAAUAACUGUAAAAACUCCACUCGAAAAUUGUGAAAAUGAGCGAAGAAGUGCUUCACGUGUGCGAGACGGUGAAUUGUAAGAAACAGGCCCGAUUGCAGUGCCCAACAUGCCUGAAAUUGGGCAUUGUGGGUUCGUACUUUUGUGAUCAGGAGUGCUUCAAGAAGAGCUGGAAGUCUCACAAGAUUAUCCACUCUCUGGCCAAGGGUGAGAAUCCUCUUAAUAGCGCCGCCAAUGGUGUCUACAAUCCCUGGCCAAAUUUCACUUACACGGGAAAACUGCGCCCAGCAGAGCAAACUCCGAAGCGAGAAGUGCCUCCCCACAUUCCUCGGCCAGACUAUGCGGAUCAUCCGCUGGGCAGGAGUCCCUCCGAGGAGGGAUUCCGCGGGAAUACGACAAUCAAAGUGCUGGACGAUGAGGAGAUCGAGGCGAUGCGAGUGUCUUGUCGCUUGGGGCGUCUCUGCUUAGACGCCGCGGCGGCUGCAAUUGACGUGGGCGUCACCACUGACGAAAUUGAUCGCAUCGUGCACGAGACCGCUAUCGAGAACGAUUGCUAUCCGAGCCCACUCAACUACUACAACUUCCCCAAAUCUUGCUGUACGUCCGUGAAUGAGGUGAUCUGCCACGGAAUUCCGGACGUUCGCGCUCUCGAGGAUGGGGACAUUUGCAAUGUGGACGUCACUGUGUACCACCGAGGCUUCCACGGUGACCUCAAUGAGACCUUCUUCGUGGGGAAUGUGUCUGAUCAGCACAAGAACCUCGUGAAGGUCACGUAUGAGUCUCUCUGCAAGGCCAUCGAGAUUGUGAAGCCGGGCGAAAAGUACCGGGAGAUCGGGAAUGUCAUUCAGAAGUACGUCCAGUCGCACGGAUAUAGCGUGGUGAAGAGCUACUGCGGCCACGGUAUCCACCGUCUGUUCCACACAGCGCCAAAUGUGCCUCACUAUGCUAAGAAUAGUGCUGUGGGCAUGAUGAAGGCCGGCAACUGCUUCACAAUUGAGCCCAUGAUUUCGGAGGGCACGUGGCGUGAUGAGCAGUGGCCAGACAACUGGACAGCCGUGACAAAGGAUGGUCUGUGGUCGGCACAGUUCGAGCAGACACUCCUCGUGACGGAUGAUGGCUGUGAAAUUCUCACGCAACGCCCCAGCGGCAAGCCGCACUUUUUGGAUAAGAUGUAACAGGUUUUUAUAGCUCAUCGAUUUAUUUUCUCACAAUCAGUUACUCGCGUCUCUGUGUCGUAUACACGCCAGAGUGUCGCACAGUUUCUCAUCUGGGAGUGUUUAGUUAGUCCUUUGAGACAAGAG